AUCAGCUUAAGUUACUUACUAGGACGGAAAACAAUAUUUAAGUUAGUUUAUCACCUAUGUUGUGAUAGAUAAUAAUAAUGGCUCCCAAAACUAUGUUUAGCUUCUUUCUUCUUUUCCUUGUUGUUGAGUUCCAGACGUCCUUUGGGCAAGAUUCAGUGAACGGAGCAUAUUGGUCGGCAGAUGGUGGAAUCGCAGCCUCCGACAUAGAUUCCACUUUGUUCACUCACCUUUUCUGUGCAUUUGCCAACGUUGAUUCUCAAUCCUAUGCGGUCACCCUUCCCUCUGAUUCCUUUUCGCAAUUCACAGCCACAGUUCAGACCAAAAACCCGUCUGUCAAGACCUUGCUAUCCAUCGGCGGCGGAAAUAUCGCCGACCCCAACACUUUUCCGGCCAUGGCGAGCCAACCCAGUUCCCGGAAAUCGUUCAUCGAUUCCUCCAUCGCGGUGGCGAGGUCUAACGGGUUUUCCGGGCUGGAUUUGGACUGGGAGUACCCAAGAACGCCGGGUCAAAUGGCGGAUCUGGGCUCGCUCCUAGAUGAAUGGCGUGCGGCGGUGGACGCCGAGGCCGCCAGCUCCGGCAAGCCGUCGCUGCUCUUAACGGCGGCGUUUUACUACGCACCCACCAUUGUUAACGCGUCGGACGACUCCAUUGACUACCCGGUCGAAGCAAUAGCGAGAAGCUUGGAUUGGGUAAAUGCCAUGGCGUACGACUUCUACGACCCCAGCUGGUAUAAACUGACGCAAGCACAUUCUGCGCUCUACGAUCCCUCCGGCGGCCCGUUCAGUGGGAGUCACGGGAUACAGGCGUGGAUAACGGCGGGGGUUCCGGCGGAGAAAUUGGUCCUAGGCGUGCCGUUUUACGGGAAAGCGUGGCGGUUGGUUGACGCCGGUAAUCCGGGGUUCUUGGUCCCGGCGGACGGGGCGGCAAUCGGCGACGGCAACAUAGCGUACAAGGAUGUAAAGGAAUUCAUCGCACAAAACGGAGCGACGCAGGGGUACAAUUCUACGAUUGUGUCGAAUUAUUGCUAUUCUGGGACAACGUGGAUCGGGUACGAUGAUGUUCAAUCUAUUUCUGCCAAGGUUUUGUAUGCUAAGGACAAUAGGUUGCUUGGGUACUUUGCAUGGCAAGUUUCGCAGGAUCUCAAUUGGGCACUUUCUCAACAAGCUAAAGAAUCAUGGGAAGCAUGAAAAGCGUGGCCAAAUUCGCAAAAGUCGCGUCUUAUACUCUUAUGAUUAUACAACAAUAAAUCCAAGUUCUUAUAUGCUUGUACGUUCAAUAAUUUAAUACGGUUAAUAAUAAGAGACUAUUAUUACUAUUACAA